CCUAGGGUAGUCAGUUCGACAGUACGUUUUGUUCAGUUUCAAUCACACAGCUAGGAGUUAGUCCGGAUGAAUCGGGAGUACGAGCUUCCACACUGAAAACAAAAACCAACAAAAACAAAAAACAUAAAUACGCAAAAGAAACAUAAGAAACGCACAUCUGAAUACGAGAGAUUAUUGCUGGCAUCAUGGCUGAGGGUAUGCGUCGAGGCAGACGCCGUCGCAUUGAGCCGCCGCGCAUUCAGUACGGCGCCUGGGAUGAUCCGCGCGUGUCGCUGUUUGCGACCGUGCCGCAGGAGCCGGUGGGCGACAUGCUGGGUCGACUGAAGCCUUUGCCGCCGGAUCAGCGUAAUAGGACCUUGGAUAUGGAUUCCUGCCCGCUGGUAUUGGCGCCAUCCAAUUCGACAAAUCGUCUCUUCCGCGAGGUCAAAUACCAGGUGCAGCAGAUAGCCGACGACCGCAACAAGAACUACCAUCCCAUACAGGAGCGGGAGCGGCAGUCGGCGAUCAUCGCCGGCAUGGUGGCCGAGCACAAUAAUCGGGAGUUCGCUGAAGCGAUGCGAUCCAAGCAGCUGCAGGUCAACUCGCAGAGGCUGCGCGAUCUCCAGAUUGAAAUCGAUCGGGCCAAGACGACGUUGUGCGUGGUGGGCAAGCGCAACGAGAACAUUAUAAAAAAAGGCGCGGAGCGGGCAGAGGAGCGCCGGGAGGCACUCGAGCACUGGGAGCAGGUGCGCAAAGAGAAGCUGGCCGAGCAGCAAGCCCUGCAGGAUAAGACGAAGGCAUACAGUCAACAGCUGGUGGCCCAGAUACAUAAGUUGCAAGCGGAACGGGCGCAACGGCACAUAACCGAUCUGGAGGAGGGUCGUCAGAAGCGGCACAAUGACGAAAUGGCCCACGCCAACGAUCUGAAGCAGAGCCUCGAGGAUCGGUAUAAGAAGCGAGGGGAGCUCAAGAAGAUGCUCGAUGACUUUUCGGCGCUGCAGCGCAGUAUACGGGAUGCGAAUCCCAUACAGCCGGAUAAGCUCAACGUGAUCCUGAUGGAGGCCGUGGGCCCGGUCACUGCCAGCUUUAAACGGAACUCGAUGCAACAGAAGCUGGACAAAAUGGAGCGACGUCGUCUCAUUAGCGACAAACUGUCCGAGCAGCUGCGCGAGAUACGGGGCAAGAAGGAUGCCCACGACAAUAUGCUCGCGGACAUCUUGGUCUGCGAGCGGCAGGCGCGAGAGAAGAAGCGCGCACGCCAGGAGGUGCUGAACCGUCACAACCAGAAGCUGCAGGUGGCCAAGGAUCUGAUCAAUCAGCGCAAGGAGAAGCAGUUCUAUCGCGAAAAGGACGAGCUGCUCUUGAAUACCAUACACACGGAUGCCACCAGCUUUAUGCAGCGCCAAUAUCAGCAGGCCAGCGCCAGGGAAGCGGCCAGGCAGGAGCUCAAUCUGAAGGGCACCGCUGACAGUGCCGUCGAAAUAGCAAACAAUGCACGACUCCGCGCCAUUGCCGUCGAGGAGGACCGCAUGCUCAAGAAGGCACUACAAGACAUGGAGGAUGAAAUGGAGCGUCGCAUCGACGAGGAACGCAUGCGCGUGCUGCGCAGUCAGCCGCGAGAGAUCAUUGACGAGGUGCGGCCCUGCAAGCUGAGUCGCGCCGAGCGCUUCACCUUCAAUCUACCAAAAUGCACCAAAGACGAGGACACUCACACCCACUAACUAAAUCAAGAGUCUGUCCAUAAACUGAUACAACUAGAAAAACGACUAGGAUUAGGCUUAGGUAGCUAAUUCAGGUAGCUGGUUCAACUGGUUCCGCGUUCACACUCCAUAGUUCACAGAAAUCGAUACUCUAAGACUAUAAAUUAUUUUGGCAGCUAUUGCCGACUCACACACACAUAUGUAUAUAUAUAUAGAAAU